AUGAGCUCGUUAAAUUACAUAGAAGACAGCAUUAAUUGCAAUAUAAGAAUAGAUGGUAGAACAUUAUUAACAUACAGAUCAAUAGAAAUAAAUAAAAAUAUUCUUGUGUCAGCUGAUGGGAGUAGCAGUGUAAUAAAUGAAGAGAAUAAUGUAAUAUGUGGAAUUAAACUUUCUUUAAUUACUCCUGAUUCUGAUACAUAUGAUGAAGGUAAUGUAAAUUUACAAAUUGAUUGCCCAGCAUCUGUUGCUGCUAAUAGAAUAAAAAAAGAUCAUUUACAAACAAUGACUUCUAUUAUUUAUAAUUUAUGUAUAAAAAAUAAUAUAAAUAAAAAAAAAUUAUGUAUCCUGCCAAAUAAAUUUGCUUGGAGUGUUGAUAUAAAUGUUAUGGUUCUAAAUGCUGGAGGUGGAUUAUUAGAUAUUAUUAGUAUAGCCAUAUAUGUAGCUUUAAAAGAUACAUUUUUUCCAAUUGUCAAACCAAAAAAAGAAAUAGAAGAAGAAAAUACAUUCCAUGAAAUUUCAAAUAAAGAUUAUCAAUUAGAAAUUGUUCAAAAUGAACAUAUUAAUUUUCCUUAUGAACAUAUACCUAUAUGUAUAUCAAUUGGAGAAAUCAAUAAUAAAUAUAUUUAUGAUAUGUCUAAAGUAGAAGAAGAACUAGUAGAAAAUAUUUUUGUUGUUGCUAUUACGUCUAAAGGAAAAUGUGUAGCAUUCCAUAAAUUAUAUGGGAUAUCCAUGGAAAUAUCUUCCAUUUUAAAUAUUACUGAAAAUUCUUCUAAAAUUUCUCAUACUCUUUUUGAAAAAAUUCAUCAAGCCUUGGAUAAAAUACAAGCAAAUAUGUAA